UUGUCCCAGAACCAUGAAUGUUUGUACAAAAUUUUAUCCAUCCUGAAGAUUUUCAGAUAUUUCACUGGAUAAUUGAAAAGUUUGAUCUGAUGAUGGCACUGGAUGAUCACCAAAGUCAAACAACCUUACUAAAUUUCUUGGCAAUCGAUCUAAUAGUUGAUAAGAUCAGUUUGGUAUAGAGUAAUAGACUGUCUGACCAAUGUUGCCAUCCAUAAAAAGCCAUGCCACUAAAUGACUAGAAAACAACCCUCCAUACUCCCCACUCUAUAUUUUAGUUUAUGACCAAAUAAAAACCUAAUGACAUUCCUAGCAGCCUCUGCUGUACUUUGUGUUAGUGCUAAUUAGCAAAUUUUAGCAUGCUAACAUGUUAAACUAAACGAAAACAGAAACAUUAUGCACUUUGAGCUGCAUUUUGUUUAUGUGAAAGGUGCCAUAUGAAGUUUAUUAUUAUUAUAUUAUUAGUAUAUCUACUUAGCACUAGCAUGUCUUUUUGAGCAUGUUAGCAUGCUGAUGUUAACAUUUAACUUAAAGCACAGCUGUCCAAUGCACAGUCUUAUGGAGCUGCUAGCAUGGCUGUAGACUUGUUUUAAAAUACUGAUUAUGCUACUUUCUGCUGUUUGUUUGACUGAUGAUUCACUGGUGACAGCAAUUCACAGAGGUGAUUACAUCAUCAAAAUAAUGACAGAAACUUUGAAGUGGCCUGUAUGAAUAUCCAAUUCAUUACCGUGGGACACAGCCACCUGCACUCAGCCCACAAUGAAAGCAGCAAAGUAUAAAUGACAGGUCUCUCAUAGUACAGCUCACUUUAGUGCACUGCACACUUGAUAUAAUCUGAGGUGAGUUUGGUUACAGCAACAUUUAUCAAAUAAAUUGUGUCAUCCUUUAUUAUUAUUAUAUAUUUUUCUUUUUACAUCCAAGGAAACAGAUAUCCAUAAUGAGCCCUGAAGAGAAAGCUGCCACCAUAUUUAAUGCAACAUUUGUUCGCCCUGCAAAAUUCUAUAUCAGUGGAUUUUCUAACAUCCCUCAUGUUGAGUAUUACUAUGUAUUCCUGUGUUUUGUUUAUGUCAUGACUGUUCUUGGUAAUGUUCUUCUCCUCUCAGUUAUCUACCUGGUUGAGGCUCUUCAUACUCCUAAAUACAUGAUUGUGUCCAACCUGGCUGUGACAGAUUUGUGUGGCAGCACUGCUCUUAUUCCAAAACUUUUGGACACAUUUUUGUUUGAUAAGAGGUACAUUGUCUAUGAGGCUUGCUUGAGUUAUAUGUUCUUUGUUUUAUUCUUUUUAUGUGUGCAAUCAUGGACGCUUGUCACUAUGGCAUAUGACAGAUUUAUAGCAAUUUGCUUUCCUUUAAAGUACCAUAGUAUUGUGACUAAACCAGCUAUUACCACAAUGCUGAUGUUUGUAUGGGGUUUUUUAUUGAGUUUCGUAGCGUUUAGUGUAGGGCUUAUUGAUCGCCUGUCUUUCUGUAGAUCUUUGGUGAUAAAGAGCUUUUUCUGUGAUCAUGGACCAGUAUAUUAUCUGGCCUGUAAUGACACUUCUUUAAAUAACAUAAUGGCAUAUGUUGCUUUCAUUAUAGUCCUCUGUAUUCCUCUUAUACUAAUAGGAAUCACAUAUGUUUGCAUUGCCAUAGCACUGAGCAGGAUUGCAUCAGGAGAGGAGCGACACAAAGCUUUAAAAACUUGUACUUCUCACCUGAUCAUUGUGGCUAUUUUCUUCCUACCAAUAGUGGGCAUCAACAUAGCUGCAGUGGCCUCCAACAUCCAUCCUAACGCCAGGAUCAUAAACUCCUCGUUGACACACACCAUACCAGCUUUGCUUAAUCCUAUUGUGUACUCUUUAAAGACAGAAGAGGUGCUGAACUCUGUAAAGAAGGUUUUCAAGAGAAAUAGGCUUAGCAACACAACCUCAUCCAGAAAGGUGAACUCUUUAUCAGUGCUGUAUUGACGCAGUAGGGUGCAAUAGAAUAUUUGUGAUUUGUAACUCUGUACUCAUAACUUCUCACUAAUAAGUACUACAGUUUUACUAUUAAAAUGGCUAUUAUGUGUUAUCUUGUCAUUGAAUGUAUUUUUCUGGUGCAUUAUCCAAAUGACUGUAUGAUCUCCUUUGCAAAAUUAAAUCAGGGAUUUUAACAUGUUGUGAAUGUACACCGCUGAACAUGAAGUUAUUUGGGAAAAAGAAACAAUUCAUCUACAGCAUCACCAGCAACUGUUGUUUUACAAAAGCCGGGUCUCCAAUAAUGACCGGGGGUGUGGUCGGCACAAACAAAUAAAGGUCGGCCCCAAAUACAGGCCGGGGAGGGAAAAAACAAGGAUGGAUUAAGGCCGCAUUCAGACCAAAUCAGGUGUUGCUGCGCACCGCUGCAGGGUUGUACGGUGGUGUGUGGGGGUGUGUGUGUCUUUAUUUGUGCUCUAGAAAGUAACUGCUGUGCAACAACUAGAUAUUUUUUUAUUGAUCUGAUUCACUGCUUUCUUACCAGCUCCAUCUCUUCAUUCA